UUAAGAACGCGUUUAGUACGGUGUAAAACGUUUGUCCUCGUCAGGCCGCCGUCCGGCAGGUCCGCCAUAUUGUCUGCCGAAGCUGCCGCUGAAGCUACCGCUGCGGCCGCCGCCAAGUGUGAGCGAGCGGAGCCGCGAUGGAGACCAUGGCAAGCCCAGGGAAGGACAAUUACCGAAUGAAGAGCUAUAAGAACAACGCCUUGAACCCUGAGGAAAUGAGACGGAGAAGGGAGGAAGAGGGCAUUCAGCUCCGGAAGCAGAAGCGAGAGCAGCAGCUUUUUAAACGGAGAAAUGUGGAGCUGAUUAAUGAAGAAGCUGCCAUGUUUGACAGUCUGCUGAUGGAUUCCUACGUGAGCUCUACAACUGGGGAGAGCGUGAUCACAAGGGAAAUGGUGGAGAUGCUCUUCUCUGAGGACUCUGACUUGCAGUUAGCAACCACACAGAAAUUCCGGAAACUCCUCUCCAAAGAGCCGAGUCCUCCAAUAGAUGAAGUCAUUAACACUCCAGGAGUAGUUGAUCGGUUUGUGGAGUUUCUGAAGAGGAAUGAGAAUUGUACGUUACAGUUUGAAGCUGCCUGGGCUCUAACAAACAUUGCCUCUGGAACCUCUCAGCAGACCAAAAUUGUCAUUGAAGCAGGAGCUGUCCCCAUUUUUAUAGAACUGCUUAACUCAGACUUUGAAGAUGUGCAAGAACAGGCAGUCUGGGCGCUGGGAAACAUAGCUGGAGACAGUUCGGUUUGCAGAGAUUACGUCUUGAAUUGUUCCAUCCUUAAUCCUUUGUUAACACUCCUUACUAAGUCCACAAGACUGACGAUGACACGGAAUGCAGUCUGGGCUCUGUCAAACCUCUGCCGAGGGAAGAACCCUCCUCCAGAGUUCGCAAAGGUCUCUCCUUGUCUGCCUGUAUUGUCACGCCUACUCUUCAGCAGCGACUCAGACUUGCUGGCCGAUGCUUGCUGGGCCCUCUCUUACCUGUCUGAUGGCCCCAAUGAGAAGAUCCAGGCAGUCAUAGACUCUGGAGUCUGCCGGAGACUGGUAGAGCUUCUGAUGCACAAUGACUACAAAGUGGCGUCUCCUGCCUUGAGAGCUGUGGGUAAUAUUGUCACUGGGGAUGACAUCCAGACCCAGGUCAUUCUUAACUGUUCAGCCCUCCCUUGCCUCCUCCACCUGCUGAGCAGCUCUAAGGAAUCAAUCAGGAAGGAAGCUUGCUGGACCAUUUCAAACAUCACUGCUGGCAACAGGGCGCAAAUACAGGCUGUCAUAGAUGCAAAUAUCUUCCCCGUGUUGAUCGAAAUCCUUCAGAAAGCAGAGUUCCGUACAAGGAAAGAAGCAGCCUGGGCCAUCACCAACGCCACAUCAGGGGGAACCCCUGAGCAAAUCAGGUACCUGGUGUCACUGGGCUGCAUCAAGCCGCUGUGUGACUUGCUGACUGUAAUGGAUUCAAAGAUUGUGCAAGUGGCCCUCAACGGACUAGAAAACAUACUGCGGCUUGGAGAGCAGGAGGGCAAGCGCAGUGGCUCAGGGGUCAACCCCUACUGCGGCCUCAUCGAGGAAGCCUAUGGCUUGGAUAAAAUUGAGUUUCUCCAGAGCCAUGAGAACCAGGAGAUCUACCAGAAGGCCUUUGACCUCAUUGAGCACUACUUUGGUGUAGAGGACGACGAUAGCAGCCUGGCUCCUCAGGUGGAUGAAACGCAUCAGCAGUUCAUCUUCCAGCAGCCUGAGGCCCCCAUGGAGGGCUUCCAGCUAUAAUGUCUGCCUCCGGGGAGGGGAGGGCACGGGAAGCACCACCAGCCAGCAGAGGAGCAGCCUUCUGGUGGGCAGGGGACAGCCACCUUUCCAGCACCACACACACGUGCUGCCCUGGAGACUGUGCUCUAGACCUGCUCGUCCCCUUCCCUGGAGGGAGCACCCUCUGGACAGACAGAACCAUCUGAGGCUCACGUUGGGUUUUGUGACAAGAAGGGGACGUGUGGGUUUUUCUUCCUUACACUUUAUUUUGGCUGCACACAUGUCUUUAACCCAGGAGCCCAGGGGUAGACAAAGGAGGACUGAGGUAAUCAAUUUGCACCUUUAAAAUUUUUUUCUUUUAUUUUCUUUAGUGGUGACUUUCUUCCCAAUUAUCUUUCUUCAUCCAUCCCAAUCCUCUGCCCUGAUGUGUAUAAGUCUUGGGUACUUGAGCAGAUGGAAUAUUCCAGAGGGGGUA